CGGCUCCGCCCGGCCCAAUCCCCCCCACCCCCUGUGACGGGGGCAGCACGUACAGGGCGGCGGGAAGAGAUUGCAAUGAAUAUGUUGCCAGUACCUAUGCAUUAUUUAAUCUUCCUUGGUGUGUGAGCUGUUCUGAAGCUUAUGGAGGCAUUCUUACAUGAACCAGUGCAGGGUUUGGUAGGAGAGAAAGGGAGCUGAAGAGAGAACCAAGCUCUUGUUUUAAAACACGCACCUUCCAUUAUGACUAAGUGUGCCAAGAAAUAUGGAAAAGCAACUGUCAGACAGAUGACCAUGGAAAUGGUUGAAUCGCAACAGGGUGACAAUGCAGUGGAUUCUGUGCCAGAGAGAGAUGCUGGUCACCUUCAGAAUCAGCCAGGCCGAAGUCAGAUUUCCCCGGGAUCUGAGGUUUCUGUAGCUGCAUCAAGUGCUGGAAGAGGAUCUCCAGCUGUAACUCUAGUGCAGUUGCCUUCUGGUCAAACUGUUCAUGUCCAGGGUGUUAUUCAAGCCACACAGCCCUCAGUCAUUCAGUCACCACACAUGCAAGCUGUUCAGGUAGCAUCGAUUGCAGGUGAAUCUGCUGAAUCAGAAGGGAUAAUUGAUUCUCAGAAACGUAGGGAAAUACUUUCAAGAAGGCCUUCGUACCGAAAAAUUUUGAAUGAACUCUCAUCAGAUGCUCCUGCAGUACCGAAGAUUGAAGAAGAAGAAAAGUCAGAAGAUGAAGGAGUGCCUUCUGGAAUUUCUGCAAUGGCCAUGCCUACCAGCCUGUAUCAUACUAACACAGGGCAAUACAUUACUAUAACUCAAGGUGGUACAAUCCAGAUUUCUAAUCCAGCCUCUGAUGGUGUCCAUGGACUACAGACAUUAACAAUGACAAAUUCAGGAGCUCCUCAGCCAGGUGCUACCAUUGUGCAAUAUGCAGGACAAUCACCUGAUGGCUCACAACAGUUUUUUGUUCCUGGAAGCCAAGUUGUUGUUCAAGAUAGGGACUCACUUUUGUUAAGCCAUGUUGCAGCUGCCACUGGAGACAUGCCAGCUUACCAGAUUCGAACUCCCACUACUACCUUACCUCAGGGAGUGGUAAUGGCAGGCUCACCAGGGACUUUGCAUAGCCCUCAGCAACUGGCAGAAGAGGCAACACGCAAGAGAGAGCUGAGACUUAUGAAAAAUAGGGAAGCUGCUAAAGAAUGUCGACGUCGGAAGAAAGAAUACAUAAAAUGUCUGGAGAGUCGUGUUGCAGUGCUAGAAGUUCAGAACAAGAAACUUAUAGAGGAGCUUGAAACCCUAAAAGACAUUUGCUCUUCCAAAACAGAUUAGUAAAAAUAUUUAUUAUACUGUGAACUGACUAAAAUAUGUCCAUUUUGCUUUAUAAGGCAAUACAUAGCCAACAUGAAUUAUGGCUUUCUCUUUGUGUCAUUUAUAUUAUAUUCCAACUCCUAACAUUCCUGAAAUGCUUUCCUGCUUUUUGUCAAUUCAUAGCUCUAAUUUCAGGUUUUUCAUGCUCCUCCCUUCCAUCUCCCAAGGAGCCAAAUGUUAAAAAAAUGUAACAAAGUAAAAAAAGCGCAUAAUUUCUAAGAGCUGUUUCUUUGCCAUAUAUUUACAUACUACUUUUUACAUGUUACUGAGUGUCCUGCACAUACAAAAUAUUUUACAGUUGUUUUAGAUGAAUCAUAAAGAUAAUGCAUCCAGUAAUACAAGAAAAUCAAACAACCCAAGGUAUCUCAGGAAAGAGUUUAUAAAAGAAUGUUAUGAUUACAUGUAUGUACUAGCAUACUAGUCUACAGAUGAUUUUAUGGCAUAUUUUUAUAUUAGUUGCUUUGUGGAAAAAAGUAUUGUAUUGCUGUCACUGAGUGCCAUGGUUAAAGAUAGUUUUUAAUAGAACCAUGUUGUUUAA